AUGUCGAUCACAGCCAGCGUGCUUCGCGCCAUGCGCCCAGUCGCUCGCCCAAUGAUGCGCCCGGCAGCUCCGGCAAGACUGCUCCAGCCUAUCCAAUGCAUCCGCCAGUCUUCGCACUCUCCCCUCGGCAGCUCGUCGUCGCCCGCACGCAAGAAGGUCACGCUACCAACAAUCAUGUCGCUGUACCGCAAGAACGAGCCUAUCACCGUCAUUACCGCCCACGACUUCCCCUCGGCACAUGUAGCCGAUCAGGCUGGCAUCGACAUAGUUCUGGUCGGUGACUCCCUGGCAAUGGUUGCCCUCGGCAUGGACGACACCAGCGAGGUUCUUAUGGAAGAGAUGCUUCUACACUGCCGUAGCGUUGCCAGGGGUGCCAAAUCUGCCUUCAUUGUAUGUUCUCCUCCCUCCUAUCUUCUACUUCUUCCACUGACUCUCUACCAACAGGUUGGCGACCUGCCUAUGGGCACCUACGAGAUCUCACCCGACCAAGCCCUCCAAUCCGCAAUCACUAUGGUCAAGACUGGCCGCGUCCACGGCAUCAAGCUCGAAGGCGGUGCCGAGAUGGCUCCUACCAUCAGGAAGAUCACAUCCGCCGGUAUCCCCGUCCUCGCUCACGUCGGCCUCACGCCCCAACGACAGAACUCUCUCGGUGGCUUCAGAGUACAGGGCAAGACAACAGCAAGCGCAAUCAAAUUGCUUCAAGAUGCAUUGGCAGUACAAGAGGCGGGUGCUUUUGCAAUGGUCGUUGAAGCCGUACCAGCUGAGAUUGCAACUUUGGUCACCAAGAAACUUCGCGUUCCUACCAUUGGCAUUGGUGCUGGAAACGGCUGCUCAGGUCAAGUGCUUGUUCAGGUUGACAUGUUGGGUAACUUCCCUCCUGGCCGCUUCCUGCCCAAGUUUGUUAAGAAGUACGGAGAUGUCUGGGGUGAGUCGUCAAGGGCGAUUCAGCAGUACAAAGAGGAGGUCAAGAGUCGAGCAUAUCCUGCUGUUGAGCAUACAUACCCAAUGCCCCAAGCGGAGCUUGCUGAGUUUAAGAGAUUGGUGGGUGAGGAAAAGGAGGAAAUUGAGAAUUAG